GCAAAGAGUGCACUGUUCAAUCGGUCAAGCUUCGCAGUUAGCAUUUUAUUUAUCUCAUUGUUGUCCAGUUUUGUCUGAAUGAGGAGAUACAUGUAGCUUUGAGCUGGUGAGGAAAGAUCCAGGUAUCACUGUAAGAAUGGCCAGUGAUAGCGAUGACAGCGUCUACUCUGGUCUGGAGGACGAGCCUGAUACGGAGUCAGAGCUAGAGUCGUCGUCGGACGAAGAGGAGACUACCUUGUCAGACUUGGCGGAGGAAAGUGAUGCUAGUGAUGAAGAGGACAUGCGCAAUACAGUUGGCAAUGUGCCGCUGGAAUGGUACAAAGAUCAAAAGCAUGUCGGCUACACUCUAGAUGGAAAGAAGAUCCUCAAGUCCGCUUCGAAUAUGGAUGAGAUUGAUGCAUUUCUGGACCGCAUGGAUAAUCCUGACUUCGGCCGUACUGUCACCGACCCUCAGACUGGCCAGAGUAGAGUUCUGACGGACGAUGAAGUGGCCAUGAUAGAGCGUAUGACCCAGGGUCUCUACCCGCAUGAAGACUUCGAUCCACACGCUCCGUAUGUGGAUUUCUUCACGAAUGAAGUCGAACCGCAUCCACUGCAGGACAUGCCGGACCCCAAGCGCCGAUUUGUUCCAUCGAAAUGGGAGCAUAAAAGAGUCAUGAAAAUGGUGCGCGCCAUCCGCAAUGGCUGGAUCAAGCCACCAAGUGAGAAGGAAGCAGAGAAAACACGCUAUCAUGACAUCUGGGCGACAAGUGAUUCGAAUUUGGCAACUCGCCGUAACCCUUUGCUGAUGGCAGCCCCGAAGAUGAAGCUACCUGGUCAUGCAGAGUCAUACAACGCACCUCCAGAAUAUCUGCCAACAGCAGAGGAGAUUCAAAAGUGGAAGGACACCGAUGUGGAGGAUCGAAAGCAGAACUUCUUACCACAGGAGUUCUCCAAUUUGCGUUCAGUGCCAGCCUACAGGAACUUCAUAACAGAGCGAUUCGACCGUUGUCUUGACCUGUACUUAUGUCCACGGCAGCGCAAAUCCAGACUCAACGUCGAUCCGGAAGACCUUAUCCCGAAGCUACCCAAGCCUCGCGACCUCCAGCCAUUCCCUACCACAGAAGCUGUUGUGUAUAAUGGACAUUCGUCUAUCGUCCGAAGUGUCAGUUUUGAACCGUCUGGCCAGUGGUUUGCAUCAGGUGGUGAAGACUGCACAGUUCGUUUGUGGGAGACUGCCACAGGCCGUUGUGUCCGCUGUCUCAAGCUGGACAAGCCGGUCGUCAGUGUUGCAUGGUGUCCUAACCCCGCUGUCAACUUGGUAUUGGUGGCAAGUGGCAAGGAUGUUCUGGUUCUCAAUCCUGGACUGGUAUCCAAGUCAACUUGCUCGGCUACUGAUGCGCAAAUCCGUUCGUUUGAUGCAUCAUCCACUGCAAAUGACCAAUUGGUGACAUGGCAGGAAAGCACUGCAGAAGACAGUAUGGAUGAAAGUGUUCGCCUCGUGCUCCAACACCACAAGACAAUUGAUCAGGUGACGUGGCAUGGCAAGGGCGACUACUUUGCCAGUCUCUCCAAAGACCAAAACAACCCAUCGAAGAGUGUCUUCCUUCACCAGCUUAGUAAACGUCGCACUCAGUGUACCUUUGGUACCGUGAAGGGCCUGCCGCAAUGCUGCCUCUUCCACCCAACUAUGCCCUUCUUCUUCCUGGCAACACAACGCUCUAUUCGAGUGUAUAACUUGCAGAAGAAUGAACUGAAGAAGAAGCUAACACCGGGUGCAAAGUGGAUAUCCAGUCUUGCUGUCCAUCCGCAAGGUGACAAUGUGAUCUGUGGCAGCUAUGAUCUCAAAUUGUCGUGGUUUGAUAUGGACCUGUCCACUGAGCCGUACAAGACAUUACGGCAUCAUCGACAGGCUAUUCGUCAAGUGGCGUUCCACAAGCGAUAUCCUCUGUUUGCUUCAGCUAGUGAUGACGGCUCUGUCAUUGUUUGUCAUGGCACGGUUUAUAGUGAUCUUCUGAAGAACCCGCUCAUUGUGCCUGUGAAGGUGCUCAAAGGACAUGGCAUUGUUGAUGGCAGAAGUGUGUUUGACUGCCAGUUCCAUCCUAGUCAGCCAUGGAUCCUCUCAGCCGGUGCAGACAACUCAAUUCGACUGUUUUCAUGAGACUGUCUUCACCUUGGCCUCCCUAAGGCCUCACUAUGGUAGCAGUACAUUGUGCUACCAAGCUACACAGCGCAGCCAGACAUGGACCAAGGCAUUUCAGUCAUGUUAGUCAUGCUAACCGUGUGUGUCCACGACUGAUUGUGAUAUGAGCUACCGUAUCUCCACCCGCCAAAGCGCAUGUUGUUCGGAUUUAAGCAUGUGUGCUUUUGAGCGCGGAAGUACGGUGCAAGUGCGCAGUGCUAGUGUAUCUUGGAAAUGCUUCAAGCAUGGCAGACUGAGUGACCUAUUGUGUCACUUCAAAGUCUAUGGUAAUGCCCCAUAAACCCUUUUCUGGAAUGUUCGUUCUCCGUAUAAGCUUUAUCUACUUGCUGUGCACAUUCUAUGCACAGUUUUGCUGAUUUUUCUUUCCUGGUCAUUUACUGAGCAGUUGCUUUUCAAUUAUCCUUCUGGAGUCCUGACUAUCUAUCGUAGUGUAGAUGUACAUGGUAGACAGCUGCACUCACUCUUCUUUCUAAGACAAGAUCUCCAGAAGGCUACUUCAAAAGCUUAUAAUGGGCUGAAUAGCAGCUUUCAGUUCUCA